CACAGCUUUUUAUUAUCUUCUUUCAGAUUGUUAUUUCUUUUUCUGGAUAGAGAGGAAAAUGAGCUCCUUGGGAUUUUCAGUUGGAACUUGUUCUCCUCCAAGUGAGCAAAGAAAAUGCAGAUUUCUUGUGAAUAAUAGCUUAAACAAAGCAGAGACUAUUAACUUGAGAAACACGCAAAAAGCUUCUUCUGAUCCUGAGUUAAGUUUUGUCCAAUUAUCCUCAUGUGGUAGAAGAGAAGCAAUUAUUGGUUUUGGUUUCUCUAUUGGCUUGCUUGAUAAUGUUUCUGCAUUAGCCGAAACAACUUCUUGUGAAUUCUCUGUAUCUCCUUCUGGUCUUGCUUUUUGUGAUAAAGUUGUUGGUUAUGGUCCUGAAGCUGUUAAAGGGCAACUAAUCAAGGCACAUUAUGUAGGAAAGUUGGAGAAUGGGAAAGUCUUUGAUAGUAGCUAUAAUCGAGGAAAGCCUCUAACAUUUCGAAUAGGUGUUGGUGAGGUGAUAAGAGGUUGGGACCAAGGAAUCCUUGGCUCUGAUGGAAUUCCUCCUAUGCUUACAGGUGGGAAACGAACAUUGAAGAUUCCUCCAGAACUCGCGUAUGGUGAUCGAGGCGCAGGUUGCAAAGGAGGCUCAUGCCUUAUUCCUCCAGCUUCGGUCCUUCUCUUUGACAUUGAGUUCAUAGGUAAAGCUUGAGAGAGAGCUUUUUUGCUUUUGCUUUGCCUUUUCUGAGCCAUCAUCUUGUUCAAAUCAACCUUAUAGAAAGAAAAAAAAUGUCAUUUAUUUUUCUAUUAUGUAAUCAUCAAGUGAAUUUCUCAGGCUUUUUUAACUUUGUUUGGUUUUAUACCUUUAAAA